AUGCAGAGAAAGCACGCAAAGAGUUCGAUGAUGUAAAUCGUGAAAAAGAUGACCUGUUAAAUAAACUGGCGUAAGUUACAAAUUUUUAUCAUUGUCAACAUAUAGACAUUCUUGAUUCUUAUAUUCUUUGGUUUAAAUUUCACAAUGUACAGGCCCACAAUUGUAUAGGUAAUAUGUUUUAACUUUCGUUGAUAUUAUGCUUGUUUUAUUUUAACACAAUGUUUCCUUACCCCUGUACCGACGUUAUUUAAAAUACCGUGGUGGCAUGCUAAUAAUCAUAUUUACAUAUACUGUACUGUACUGUACUGUAUUGUAAUGUAUUUGUGACGAGCGCACAUUUGCGUGAUUCAGUCCAGGGUAUGCGCUUGAAAAACGUGCGCACGGGACGUCCAGUUUGAGAAGAACUCGGGAUCGAUACUCAGGGGCCAGUUGUUCAAAAGCCGAUUAGCUUAACCCUAGGUUAACUUAAAAUUCAAAGGAAACUUCCUAACAGCUUGUUUUUAAAUUUGGAAAUAUUUCUUCACAAACCAUGUCUGGAUCAAUAGAAGUUUUCUUUUCUGACAUUUUGAAAUAUAUGGACAUGCAGAAAUAUGCAAACUAAAACAGCGGGUUAAAUUUUAACCCUGGAUUAGCGCUAAUCCACCUUUGAACAACCGGUCCCAGGAGACAAAAUUACAUUUUUUUUUAUUUGUAAUGCAAUUACUUCAUUAAAUCGUUUGCCGUGAUUCGAGUGUUUGUUGUGUGCCAACAUAUUCCUUUUAUCUUUAUAUAUUUCAGUUUUCCGGCCCUUUUGAGUUUUUGGUAAAAUUUAAUGCUAUUUUGCUUCAUUAAAAGGAUGCAGUAUUAGACUUUGUCCUGUUCCUCUAUAGUGGGAAUAAACAGGACGCCGCGCUCAGAAACCUCAUGCACACUACUACUAAUAUACUGUAUUGUUAUUUAAUUGAAUCGACUUACGCAUUGUUGUACUGUAUGUGUUCAUCUAGUGAGAUCGAUCGAUUAAACAAGAUUGAUAUGGGAGAACAUGAAGAAUUUUCGCCUCUGCAUGGAGAAUGUUUUGAUAUGACAGAUCGAGA